GGGGACCGCAGGGGUGGGGCUGCCGCCACCCGCACCAGCACCGGCACCGGCGCCGCACCGCACAGCACCGCACCGCGCCGCACCGCGCGGCUCGGCCUCAUGCCGGCCCCCCCCGCCCGGGACUGAGCGCUGCGCCCCGCCGAACCGGGCACGGCCAUCACAGAACAGCCACUGCUCCUGGGUAGCAGAACCCACCUCUGGCCAGCGCGAUGGCGGGAGCAUCAGUGAAGGUGGCGGUGCGCGUCCGGCCCUUCAACUCCCGGGAGAUGAGCCGGGAAUCCAAAUGCAUUAUCCAGAUGUCAGGAAGCACCACUACUAUCCUGAACCCGAAGCAGCCUAAAGAGACUCCAAAAAGCUUCAGCUUUGACUAUUCCUACUGGUCCCACACUACGCCUGCAGACAUCAACUAUGCAUCCCAGAAGCAAGUGUACCGGGACAUUGGUGAGGAGAUGCUGCAACAUGCCUUUGAAGGCUACAAUGUGUGCAUCUUUGCCUACGGUCAGACGGGAGCUGGAAAAUCCUACACCAUGAUGGGGAAGCAGGAGAAGGACCAGCAAGGCAUCAUCCCACAGCUGUGCGAGGACCUCUUCUCCCGCAUCAAUGACACGACGAAUGACAACAUGUCCUACUCUGUGGAGGUGAGCUACAUGGAGAUUUACUGUGAGCGUGUGAGGGACCUCCUGAACCCCAAGAACAAGGGGAACCUGCGGGUGAGGGAGCAUCCCCUUAUGGGCCCAUAUGUUGAAGACCUUUCCAAGCUGGCCGUGACCUCCUACAAUGACAUCCAGGACCUCAUGGACUCUGGAAACAAGGCCCGCACAGUGGCUGCUACCAACAUGAACGAGACCAGCAGCCGCUCCCACGCCGUGUUCAACAUCAUCUUCACGCAGAAGCGACAUGACGCUGAGACAGACAUCACCACUGAGAAGGUCAGCAAAAUCAGCUUGGUGGACCUGGCUGGGAGCGAGCGAGCCGACUCCACAGGCGCCAAGGGCACGAGGCUAAAGGAAGGAGCAAACAUCAACAAGUCCUUGACCACUCUGGGGAAAGUCAUCUCUGCCCUGGCUGAAAUGGAUUCGGGGCCAAACAAGAACAAAAAGAAGAAAAAGACGGAUUUCAUCCCUUACCGGGACUCGGUGCUGACCUGGCUGCUGCGGGAGAACCUGGGGGGCAACUCCAGGACUGCCAUGGUUGCUGCUCUCAGUCCUGCUGACAUCAACUAUGAUGAGACCCUCAGCACCCUCAGGUAUGCUGACCGCGCCAAGCAGAUCCGUUGCAACGCUGUCAUCAAUGAGGAUCCCAACAACAAGCUCAUCCGGGAGCUGAAGGAUGAGGUGGCCCGUCUGCGUGACCUUCUCUAUGCCCAGGGUCUUGGGGACAUCAUUGACACCCAUCCUGCUGCAGGAGGAUCCAAAUAUGUGUCCGACUUUGAGAACAAUAAUGAUGCUAGAGGGACAGAGCUGAAUCACCGCCAUGACAAUCUCUCCACAGUGACCAAUGCCAUUGCUGGGAUCAGCCCCUCUUCCUCCCUGUCCGCCUUAUCCAGCCGCGCUGCCUCCGUUGCCAGCCUCCACGAGCGCAUCAUGUUUGCUCCGGGCAGUGAAGAGGCAAUUGAAAGACUCAAGGAAACAGAGAAGAUCAUUGCAGAGCUGAAUGAGACGUGGGAGGAGAAGCUGCGGAGGACAGAAGCAAUCCGGAUGGAGAGGGAAGCAUUGCUGGCCGAAAUGGGGGUGGCCAUGAGGGAGGAUGGAGGCACCUUGGGUGUUUUCUCUCCUAAAAAGACACCACACUUGGUCAACCUAAAUGAGGAUCCGCUCAUGUCCGAGUGUCUUCUCUACUACAUCAAGGAUGGGAUAACAAGGGUUGGCCGAGAAGAUGCUGAGAAGAGGCAGGACAUCGUUCUCAGCGGGCACUUCAUUAAAGAAGAGCACUGCCUGUUCCGCAGUGACACCAAAACAAGUGGUGAAGUGAUAGUGACCCUGGAGCCCUGCGAAGGUGCUGACACCUAUGUGAAUGGCAAAAAGGUGACAGAGCCCAGCAUCCUGCGCUCAGGAAACCGCAUCAUCAUGGGGAAGAGUCAUGUCUUCCGAUUCAACCACCCCGAGCAGGCUCGGCAGGAGCGGGAGCGGACCCCCUGUGCUGAGACCCCCGCAGAGCCCGUGGACUGGGCGUUUGCCCAGAGAGAGCUGCUGGAGAAGCAGGGCAUCGACAUGAAACAGGAGAUGGAGCAGCGGCUCCAGGAGCUGGAGGACCAGUACCGGAGGGAGCGGGAAGAGGCAAACUACCUUUUGGAGCAGCAGAGGCUGGACUAUGAGAGCAAACUGGAGGCCUUACAGAAGCAGAUGGACUCUAGGUAUUACCCUGAGGCAAACGAGGAAGAGGAAGAACCUGAGGAUGAGGUGCAGUGGACAGAGCGGGAGUUCGAGCUGGCCCUUUGGGCCUUUAGGAAGUGGAAGUGGUACCAGUUCACCUCCCUCCGUGACCUGCUCUGGGGCAAUGCCAUCUUCCUCAAGGAAGCCAAUGCCAUCAGUGUGGAACUGAAAAAGAAGGUCCAGUUCCAGUUUGUGCUCCUCACAGACACACUGUACUCACCUCUCCCUCCUGACCUGCUGCCUCCUGACGCUGCCAAGGACCGGGAGAAGCGGCCGUUCCCCCGGACCAUUGUGGCCGUAGAGGUGCAGGACCAGAAGAAUGGGGCAACACACUACUGGACCCUGGAGAAGCUGAGGCAGCGCCUGGACCUGAUGCGUGAGAUGUAUGACCGAGCAGCAGAAGUGCCUUCCAGCGUCAUCGAGGACUGUGACAACGUGGUGACUGGUGGAGAUCCUUUCUACGACCGCUUCCCCUGGUUCAGGCUGGUCGGCAGUUCAGAUAUCUCUGGCUGCAACAGCUCUCCUCUUUUCAACACAUGCAUGAGCGAGCGCAUGGCUGAUCUCACCCCCUCCCCUACCUUCUCGAACCCCGACUCCGACAUCACCGAGCCUGCUGACGAGCAGCACCAGGGGCAGGAGGAGGAGGAGGAGGAGGAGGACCUGGAGGAAGACAUCUUUCCGGAGUGCCCGCUGUGUGAUGGCCGGGAUCCGUUUUACGACCGCUUCCCCCUGUUCAGUUUAGUAGGAAGGGCCUUCGUCUACCUGAGCAACCUCCUCUACCCUGUGCCCCUCGUCCAUCGCGUGGCCAUCGUCAGCGAGAAGGGUGAGGUGAAGGGCUUCCUGCGUGUGGCUGUCCAGGCCAUCUCAGCUGAUGAAGAAGCCCCUGACUAUGGCUCUGGUGUGCGGCAAUCGGGGACAGCCAAGAUCUCCUUUGAUGACCAGCACUUUGAGAAGUUCCAGUCGGAGUCGUGCCCUUCCGUGGGGAUGUCUCGCUCGGGGACCUCUCAGGAGGAGCUGCGCAUUGUUGAAGGCCAGGGGCAGGUCAGCGACUUGGGUCCCUCUGCCGAUGAGGUCAACAACAACACCUGCGCAGUGACCCCAGAGGACCUUCUCCUGGACAGCCCUGAGAAACCUGUGCCAGAUGGCCCACUGGAGGUGGCUCUGGACCACCUGAAGCUGGGCAGCAUCUUCACUUUCCGUGUGACAGUCCUGCAAGCCUCCAGCAUCUCUGCAGAAUAUGCAGACAUCUUCUGCCAGUUCAACUUCAUCCAUCGUCACGAUGAGGCCUUUUCGACAGAACCCUUGAAGAACACGGGACGAGGACCACCACUGGGCUUCUAUCACGUCCAAAAUAUUGCUGUGGAGGUGACCAAAUCCUUCAUCGAAUACAUCAAGAGCCAGCCAAUUGUGUUCGAGGUGUUUGGCCACUACCAGCAGCACCCCUUCCCACCUCUCUGCAAGGACGUCCUGAGCCCACUGAGACCGUCCCGGCGCCACUUCCCCCGUGUGAUGCCACUCUCCAAACCAGUGCCUGCAACGAAGCUGAGCACCAUGACUCGGCCCAGUGCUGGCCCCUGCCAGUGCAAGUACGACCUGAUGGUCUUCUUUGAGAUCUGUGAGCUGGAGGCCAACGGCGACUACAUCCCUGCUGUCGUGGACCACCGUGGAGGCAUGCCAUGCCAUGGGACCUUCCUCCUCCACCAGGGCAUCCAGCGGAGAAUCACCGUCACCUUGGUGCAUGAAACAGGCAGCCUCAUCCGCUGGAAGGAAGUGCGGGAGCUGGUUGUGGGUCGAAUUCGGAACACCCCAGAAGCAGACGAGUCACUCAUUGACCCCAACAUUCUGUCCCUGAACAUCCUCUCCUCCGGGUACAUCCACCCCUCCCAGGAUGACCGGCAGUUUCUUGAUUCGGAUAUGCCUAGCAUUUCGCUGGGAAAUGACACUAGGACUUUCUACCAGUUUGAGGCGGCGUGGGAUAGCUCCAUGCACAACUCGCUGCUGCUCAACCGUGUCACUCCGUACCGGGAGAAGAUCUAUAUCACCCUGUCAGCCUACAUCGAGAUGGAGAACUGUACUCAGCCCGCUGUCAUCACUAAAGACUUCUGCAUGGUUUUCUACUCCCGGGAUGCCAAACUUCCUGCCUCCCGCUCCAUCCGCAAUCUUUUUGGCAGUGGCAGCCUGCGGGCUUCUGAGAGGUACCGGGAUGCUCCUGCCUUUUGGGGACAGGCGAGCCCUCACCCAGGGACUGGAGUUGUCCUUUCAUCCAGCAGCCUGGGUGAAAUAACUGGGGUGUGGGAAUGGGGCAGAGCCAGUAACGCUUCAUCUCUCUUUGCUCACAGCAACCGUGUGACCGGAGUCUAUGAGCUCAGCCUCUGCCGUGUGGCCGAUGCUGGCAGCCCAGGGAUGCAGAGACGGCGCCGGCGCGUUCUGGACACCUCCGUUGCCUAUGUGCGGGGAGAGGAGAACCUGGCUGGCUGGCGGCCCCGCAGUGACAGCCUCAUCCUUGACCAUCAGUGGGAGCUGGAGAAACUCAGCCUCCUGCAAGAAGUGGAGAAGACAAGGCACUACCUGCUACUGCGUGAGAAGCUGGAGACAACCCAGCGCCUGGGCCUGGAGACCCUGUCCCCCUGCUCCGGUGAGGACUCUGAGUCCCGAAGCACCUCCUGCGUCUCCUCCCCACUCUCUGCCGACGGGGCCCCUGAAGGCCGCACCUCACCCCCCGAAACCCCCAGCGAGAGGCAGAAGGAGCUGGCUGUGAAGUGCUUGCGCCUGCUCACGCACACCUUCAACAGGGAGUACAGCCACAGCCACGUCUGCAUUAGCGCCAGUGAGAGCAAGCUGUCUGAAAUGUCCGUGACCUUGAUGAGAGACCCUUCCAUGUCAGCUCUUGGGGUCACCACUCUCACCCCCUCCUCGACCUGCCCAUCAUUGGUGGAAGGACGUUAUAAUGCCAUGGAGGUCAGCCUCUCCUCCUUCCCCAGACCCCAGCAGGUUUCCUCCAGGGCAGACAGCCCCGACCUGGAGCCUGUGCUAGAAGGAGAACAGAAGUCCCCAGCCCGCCGACCUGAGGAGGAGAAGGAGCCCCAGCGUUUGCUGGUGCCUGACAUCCAGGAGAUCCGAGUCAGCCCCAUCGUCUCCAAAAAGGGCUACCUGCACUUCCUGGAGCCCCACACCAACGGGUGGGUGAAGCGCUUCGUGGUGGUUCGGCGCCCAUACGUCUACAUCUACAACUCGGACAAGGAUGCAGUUGAGAGGGCCAUACUCAACCUCUCCAAGGCCCAGGUGGAGUACAGUGAGGAUCAGCAGGCCAUGCUCAAGACCCCGAACACAUUUGCGGUGUGCACGGAGCACCGCGGCAUCCUGCUGCAGGCGAGCAGUGACAAAGACAUGCACGACUGGCUCUACGCCUUCAACCCUCUCCUGGCUGGAUCCAUAAGAUCCAAGCUGUCCAGAAGGAGAACAGCCCAGAUGAGAAUCUAACCUGAAAAACACCUUCCACCUCAUCCGUCUGCCAACAGGAUCAAGAUAGCUGAUUCUGUCUGAAGACUCCCCAUGUUAAUGUCUGAUCUCUCACACCAUCUGCUGCCCCAGCUCUCUGCUCCAUGGAAGGAUCUGUCUCGAUUCACACCUUCACAGGGGAAACUCACUUCCGUUUGUAGCUGCAAAGCCUGGACCUGCCUGGGCAGGAUUCCUUGUGCGCGUGCCAUCUUCUGCCUGUCCUCCCAUGGGUGACCUUCAUAUCACACCAUCUAAUGCUCCAAAAAGGUCCCUAUCAGAGGGGAGGGAGUGAGGAGGGUAGUUUUGGCUAAAAGCUGGUCUUUGAUCUACAGAGGUGGGAAUUCAGUAAAGCUCAGAGGUGGGAGAGCAGGAGGAAUUGCCCCCAGGCGAAGGGAAAGUGGUAGUUUAGGAUUUCCUAAUUUACUGGUAUUUCUGCAAGAGACAGCAGACUAAGAUCAGGUGUCAGUACUCUAAGAUUAUAUUUAUAAAGUAUUUAUUUCUAUUUACAUCACAAAAAUCCCAUAAAUUGAGUCCUGGCCCCUGGCCAAUGCCUCCCCCAGACAGGGGAGAGCCUUGGUGGUGGGCUUGGGAGACGCCUUCCCCAGGACAUCCCUGGCUUGUGCCCAGUGGCAGCGGAGCUCUUGCCCGUGCUCCCUGCCUUUCGCCAACCAUCUGCUUUGCCCUCCCCUGCAGCAUAAACAACUUCUCCCCCGAGGGGUGGCUGGACAGCCCCCUCAAAGAAGGCAAUUCCUACCUGCCCAUCUACCUCUGGAAGGGAGGAGCCUGCUGUCUCAGCUGGCCAAGGCACCCACAUCCAUGCAGAUGGGUCACCACACUUUCAAGCUUGGUCCUACUGGAGGGAAAAGAAGAGCUCUGGGAAUGGCUCUGCCUGCCACCCCAUGCUGGGCUACUCUUUCCAACCAAAAGAACGUGGGCCACCUCCAGUAUCCCAGCCCACGUGUCUUGUCCAAAGGGAUUUCCCACUCUUAGGGCAGGAUGCCAAGGGUCCCAUCCCCACAGGGGGAUGUGUGGAGGUUCAGGUGGAAUGGGAAAAUUCUCUAGGAGCUGGGGCUAGGAACGACCAUCCCAACUGACAGGAUCUUCGUUGCCCUUCCCCAAAAGGGCUUGCACCUCCCUUCUCCUCCCCACAGGACAACAGGCUCAAAGCAGGCCAAAGGGGCAGGGGAGAGGCUGGCCGGUGUGUGUCGGGGUGGGGAUUCUUUUUUCUGUUGUAACUGGCGUUUUCUCACUCCUCUUCCUCUGCUGCCUAAGUGAACACCCACCUCCCCCCACCCUGCCUCCAUCAGCACGUUAAUCUGGGGGCUUCCCGUGUCAGAAGUGUCUUUGCUGAAAAGACCUUCUCCAGCCAUCACUGCUUCCCACCUCCUCCAGCAGCAGCUCUCCCUCUCCUCCUCCUCCUGUCUCUCACCCAUGGGUAGAUGUUUUCAUUCAGGGCUUCCCGAGUGGCCAGUGGUCCAGCACAGCUCCAGGCGGGAAGGCGAGCAUCUCCCAGGCACCCCUCCGGCUUAGCUGUCCCUCGUCCAGCACAGCUGCGCCUUGGCUCUGCCGCACCUCCCUGCGCUGUCUGUGGGGUGUGUGUGCGUGUGUGUGUGUGUGUGUGUGUUGGACGUGGUGCUGUCUUCUCGUUACACUCGUGUUGUGGGGGGGCACGGACAGGUAGGGACGUGGCAGGUGGGCAGAGACUUGCACGGACCCCCUCACUGCAUGUCAGGUGCUCCUCAGCCUGGGUUUCACGUGACAGAAAGGGCUUGGGGAUUCUUUUUGAGCACGUGCUAGUUCUGCCUGGUCUCACCACAGCUCCUUGGGUAUCUCACCCCAUUGCUACAGCCCAAAGCUGCAGGGGGCUGCUCGUUCCAGCCCUGCUCCCCCGCGCAGGACACGCUCCCCAUCAAACUGGGCUAUUUUCCUCCCUGUGAUCCAUUUUAGACACCUGGAGGCCAACUCAUGCCCUUUACGAAGGAAGAGGUGCCAGCCCAGAGGCACAGAGAGGCUGGGCUGGGGCAAUGCAGGGGCCCAGGCUGUGGCAUCCUGGCUCGCGCGCCCUGGACAAGGACUAGUUGGUACCAUCAAUGUAAGGGGCUAAGGAUGGCAACAGUGGGUGCCUGAGGGGUGAGGGGAGGCUCUUCCAGCGUGGAGGCAGCUUCUGGCAGAGAUGGGACCCGUGUCUGUCAGGGACCAGACACAGGUUCACUGGCCAGGGCCAGGCCAUGCUGCCUGUGCCACAGGCGAGACGCAGCCAGGGGAAGGGCUUCCUCUAGCCAGAGCCGAACCGUGCCUGAGGCCAGCAAACCUGCAGAGCAGACGGCUCGGCUGGGGGUCAGGGCCAAAGGAGAUAGGGCUGCCCGCCAGAUGCUGCCGUGCCUGUCCCCGGCACACGGGCCACCCCUGCCGUCCUACCAGCCGCACUCUGGCCAGCACCGCGCUCCUGGUCAGGACCCUGGCACCCUUCCCCUCCACCACCACCACCCCGGGACAAGGAACACAAAACGGAGCUUUAGGCACGACUGGGAGCCCCACCGGAAAGGAAAACUCCACGGGGCAGCGGUGGCACGGAAGGCGGGCACCGGCGGGCAGGCCAGGCCUGAGGAGGAGGGAGGGAGGGAGGGAAGCCGCACUGCCCGCCCUUCGAUUCCCGCCGGGGUGUGGGGGGGGUGCUGUGGCGGUACCGCGGGUCCCGGCCGUCCGUGCGCACGUGAGGCUUGUUCGGUUCUGAAAUAAAUGUGGCAUUUAACGCAAA